CUCGGCCGACCGCACGGACAGGGCCGCAUGGUGUACGGCACGGGAGAGACGUACGACGGCCAAUGGCGGCACGGCCGGCGGUACGGCCAAGGCUCGUACACCAACGCAAACGGAUUUCAGUACCGGGGUCGCUGGGUGGCGGAUUUGGCGGAGGGGAUCGGCUGGGCUCACUUCCCCGAGGGUGGCCAGUACGAGGGCGAGUGGCGGGCCAACAAGCGGCAUGGCUGGGGACUCAUGCGCGGAGCGGGUGGCGAAAUAUACGAGGGCCAGUGGGAAAACGAUGCCCGCCACGGCCGAGGCACUCUUGUGGUGGCUGGCAGGCUGCGGUACCGGGGAGCCUGGAAGGAUGACGUGCAGUGCGGCUGGGGGGAGUGCAGUUACGCCGACGGCAGCGCUUACGUUGGGGAGUGGCGGGACGGCCGCUGGCACGGCAAGGGUGAGUGGCGGCAGCGGGCGGCGCUAGCGGCUGUAUCUGAUGAGGAUGACGAGGGAGAAGAGGAGGAGGAGGAUGGAAGAGGCCCCGCCCGCGACUCGCAAGGCAACCUGUAUGCCGGCGACUGGUUCAACAAUGUACGGCAUGGCAAAGGAUCCUGCUCGUACGCCUGUGGAGACAAGUACGUCGGCGAUUGGGCACAUGGAGUUCGGCACGGCACGGGCAGCUGCAUGUACGGCAGUGGCGACAAGUACGAGGGCGAAUGGCGGUACGACAAGCGGGACGGUUAUGGCACCGCAGUCUUCGCGGACAACGUCAGGUUUCAAGGUCGCUGGGAGGAGGAUUGCUGGGUGCAGGUACGGGUAUGCGCAGCGUACGACAGUACGGUGGUAGCAGUGUACGGAAAUGCAAUGCCGUUGAUUCCAUUGCUAUGGUAG